AUGAAGUGGAAACUAUCCGUUCCUUACCUGCAACGAUGGAAUACUUUGUAUCGACAAGUAUCCAUUCGAUCCGCUACAUCGACAGCGAUUGGUAGCGACACGCAAGUUGAAUGUAAUACUAAACCUUUUCAUCAAAUUCCUGGACCGAAAGGUCUGCCAAUAAUAGGGGAUCUGAUGACAUUUCUACGAAAUGAUAGCUACUAUCUUAAAAGACCGCAUCUUUUACUUCUGGAAAAUACUAAAAAGUAUGGUCCAAUUUAUAAACAAAAGAUAUUUACCUGGCAAACUGUGGUCGUAACCGAUCCAAACGAGAUUUCUAAAAUCUAUAGUGCUGAAGGAACAUAUCCGACUAGAGGUCUGGUGAAACCUUUCAUCCAUCACAGAAUGCAAAGUAAAAGAGCUAAAGGCAUCGCUGUAGGAGACGGCAAAGAGUGGAGAAAAGCUCGCAGUAUUAUCGACAAGAAAUUAUUAAAAGUAAAAGAUGUUAGUGCUUAUGCAGAAAGAAUGAACGAUAUUAUCACCGACUUUAUUCGCUACAUUCAGUCCAACAAAGACUGCCUUGAAAGCGGCGAAGUAGAGUUUCGCCAGUACCUUUACAAAUGGUCAUUCGAGACUAUAAAUUCAGUUAUCUACAAUAAACGACUUGGCACGCUUAAUGAUCCGCCGCUUCCCUUUGCUCAGAAAUUUUUUAACAGCGUAAUUAAUAUGCUGGAAGGAACAUAUUCCCUUUUGUAUGCUCCAGCAUACUAUAAAUACUUCAAGACUCGAUUCUGGAAGAAAUAUUGCCAUGAUUGGGAUACCUUAUUUGAAAUUGGAGAUCAACUGGUGAAAGAAGAGACGCAAAAAUUGCAAAAGGAAAUUCAAUCACUUGGCAAGGACAAAGAUCGGUGGCGUAGCGAAGAAUUAGAAUUUUUGCCCUAUGUGCUAUUAAAAGAGGAAUUAAGCGAAGAGGAAGUUUCAGCUAACGUGGUGGAAAUAAUGGGCGGUGGUGUAGAUACGUCUGCCAAUACAGUGCUUUGGGCUUUAUACAUCUUAGGAAAACAUCCAGACAUACAAGAAAAGCUUUAUAACGAAGUCUCAGGUGUACUUCAAAAUUCAAAGUACCCGGAUGCUGAGUCAGUUCAAAAUAUGCCCUACCUUAGAGGCCUGGUAAAAGAAGGUCAACGAAUUUAUCCGGUUAUAUACGCCCCAAUUCGCGAAAUUGCAAAAGAUGCAGUACUAUGUGGAUAUCAUGUUCCAGCUAAGACAAUCGUAGUCAAUGGUAUCUAUGCCAUGUCUUUUAAUCCUCAAAUAUACGACGAACCGCAUAAAAUUAAACCCGAAAGAUGGGCCCGAUCUUAUACUGGCUUGAAGGUCAAUCGUUUUGCCCAUUUGCCCUUUGGUUAUGGUCCACGAAUGUGUAUAGGGCGUCGUAUAGCAGAGCUUGAAAUACAUUUGUUAAUCGCAAGGCUGAUAUCGGAGUUUAAAAUAGAAUGUAAGAAUAAGGAAGAAGUAGGAUUAAUCAGCCGUUUGGUUCUAGCACCUGAUGCUAAUAUUCAAAUUUCAUUCAAGAAAAGAACUUAA